AUGAUCUCGGCCAACUCGAACCGGUCGAUGCGCUCACGCUUCUCGAGUCCAGCCCAAGGCGUGGAGGAUCCAUCUACCGCGGGCAAGGGCAACUUGACUACCGAGGGAUCUAGGAGUAUCAUGGACAAGUGGCUCGAACCGGCAGUCCAGAACAAGGCCAGCCACGAGGAAGCUGGGCUGGCCAGGCAUGGGGUUCUUGAGGGCAUGGUCCCGCUAGGCAGCCUGCCCAAGGCCCGGAAGACGGAGCCUGGGAGCAGCGGAGGCGUUCGCAGGAUCAUCCUCAAACACUCAAACAGAGAGGCCCCAUCUGCGUCAGAAACAACAGCCGCUGCACCAGCGCAUUCUCCUGUGGCAAGACCGGCGCUUCCGCCUCUGGUGGAAUUCCUGCCGCCCUCAUCGAAUCGCGCAACCACGCGCAAGUCGCUCCCCACACGCGAUACAUCAAAGGAAAUGGAGGAAGACGACGAGUACGAGCCCAGAAGCACGGGCAGACGUCGAUCUGUCGCGCGUCCAGCCCCCCCUAAGCGAGGCAGGCCGCCAACAGCCACGCGCCGAAGCUCCAUGCCUUCCUCAAAAGAUUCGCCCGUGAAGCAACUCUCACCAACUCCACCUCCACUGUCGGCUCAAGCGCCGGCACGCCUUUCUCAGCGCCCUCCGUCAGCAUCCAGCACCAAGAUGGUCUAUCGAGGCACGGAGUUUGUUGAGAAAGUCAUCGAGGCUGCUGUGGACGAGGCGCUCAGCCACCAUCGCUACCCCACUGCGUGGGCGCUGCGGACAUUCUACGACGACAGGUCAGAGGACCCUGGCUUUGUGCGCAUGGUCGAAGAGAUCUUCAAUCAAACAGCCGACGCGAGCACACGGAAGUCGUUCUUUGAGCAGCUGGCACGCCGGAAACACGACGGGCGCUACAGGAACCAAGGUCGCGAUUACUUUGUCCCUCCCGCGGACGACGGUAGCUUUGAGCCUCACCUCCCCAAGAAGGCGCCUUACGCCCAUCUCAUCCUGCAUAAAGAUCACGACGACGCUGAUCAUUUUGAGCCUCGCGAGGCUCGCGCCCCGAAGCGGGUCAAGCCAACGCACAGAGCAUCCACACCCGCGCAAGCCGAAGUCGCACCGGCGCGUACGCCUGCUCGAACGUCAACGGUCAAGAUCAAGACUCCCGCAUCACGGAGGCGAGCCAGGAAGACGUCUCAUUCGAGCGAGUCUUCGCUUUCGUCCGUAGAGCAUCUCCCUUCACCCGAACUUCCGGAUGACAGCGCGCUUGUGACAACGGCCGCCGAGGAGGACGACGAGGCGUCCAAACCCAGGAAGACGCGAGCCAAGAGAGCGAGCACGGCUGUGGGAGGAGGCAUGGGCGACGGGGGGGACUCCACGUCGCCAGCACCUCGGGGAGCUGGCGCGGCCCAGCCAAUCAACACGCGCCGCAAAGCACUGGCAGCGUCCAAGCAGCACAAGGAGACUUUUGCCUCUGCCUCCGUGUCUGCCUCAAACUCACCCACCACCACCACCCUCCCCCAGUCACCCACGCAGGAUUUUCCUCAUCAUUUCCCCAACGGUCGUUCGUCAGGCGACGGCAAUAGCAUGCCAGGCCUUGUCUCGAAUCCACCCGGCCGAGGCAACGCAAAGGACAAGUCCUCCUCCAAGGCGAGCCUCAAGAUACAUAUUCCCCUGGCUGGCAGCCGCGACGACGCCUUUGAGAAGCGCAAGAUCGCCAAGCAGGUCACCAAUAGCUAUCGCGGCCUGGAGAGCGCCAUCCGUGAUGCCGACGAUGAGCGGGAGAUGACGCCUGUGCGGUCUACGAGGAAGACCAGGCAGUCUACCGGUAUCCCACCGUCCAGCGUCGCCGCCAGCGUCACCGCCAGUGCGCGAGCCACGCGCUCUGCGAAGCGGACCUUUCUCGAUGAGCUCGACCAGACCGAAUGGCCAAGCUCUUUCCCCUCGGCCAUCAACCUCGAUGGGAGAAGCUCAACCGUUAACUCGCGUGCUGCGACGCCUACCAACCUCAGACCCGCCAAGAAGCAGAAGAGCGGCCUGCGCAUCAAGUCAUCUCCACAAAAGAAGAAGGGAGGCACAGCUGCUGGCGUUCCUCGAACGAUCGGCGAAGCCCAGGCUGGCGCUUACGGAGCAUCUCGUGAACAGGGGGGUGAAAAUGAUGAGUAUUGCUCGGCGUGCGGCAACGCUGGGGAGAUGGUCUGCUGCGAUGGUUGUCCUCGAGCAUUCCACUUUGAAUGCGUCGGCAUCAACCCCGAGGAAUCUCUGCCCGACGAAUGGUACUGUAGUGAGUGCCUCGUCAAAGGGAAUCCCACCCACGUCAAGGUGCACCGAGGCGCUUUUGGCCCUGCAUUGAACCAGCUCGACAAGAGCAUUCAUCGGGCCUUUGCUCUGCCCAGGCGCAUCCAGGAGCGCUUCGACGGUGUCAGGGCUGGCCCUGAUGGAGAGUACGAGGAGGUUGUCCCUGCCAAGCCUACCAACAAUGGAUAUGAAGAAGCACCGGACUACUACAAGCAGAUUGAGUCGGGCGAGCCUGUGCUCUGUCAUGACUGUCAGCUGCCGGCUUCCGAGGGCAAGCCCAUCUUGUCCUGUACCGCCUGCCCGCUGCACUGGCACAUGGAUUGCAUGAAUCCGCCAUUGGCCGUCCCUCCUCUGCAAAGGACAUGGAAAUGUCCGGCCCAUCUUGAUGAUGCCCUGCAAGAGAAGCCUCCGCUGGCGCCAGCCCAUCGCUGGCGCAAGGUCAAAGGCGCGCCAGUCAUCAUCCCAGCUCUUUCACGAGGUCUUCGCAACAAUGGUCACAUUGAGCUUGACUGGGGCUCUGAGCCUGAAGCUGAUGCCUAUGAUCGAUCUGGUUGGAUUGAUGACCAGUCUGGGUGGAAAGACGUGGCCUCCUUUGGGCGCACAUUCAAGGUUUCAGCCACAGGAGUUCGUCUCGAUUUCAUUGAGCAGCUUCGUACACAAGGAGCUGGCUUUGCCCCUCCAAAGGAUCAGCAACCUGCAGGCCGCCAGCAGCCGUAUCUAACUCCUCCCGUCGAGGACAUCACUCACCCUCAGCCUAGUGCACGCAGCAUCGAAGAAAUGCAAGCUUCGCUGGUGCUGAGCAGCCUGAGCACCUCGGAAUCACGAACAGGAAUGGAGCAGCUCAUAUCCGCUCUCGUGUCCGAGGCGGAUUCAAGCGUGCUCUCCUCUAUUGCUGACGCCGAUGCCGUGAAUAUCGCGAACAAGGAGCUGCAGCACAAAGACAAGGCCAGCCUCCGUGCUCUCCUGGCGCACAUGGAACGCAUGGGCUCUCAAAUUCGGGCCAUGUUGGGCGAGGACGUUACACCGACCCUCCCAUCGCUGCCCGACCAGGGCCGCUCCGUGAGCCCUGACAAGGACGAAGAAUUUCCCGAAAUGAAGCAUGAUUCUCUCGUCACAGAACCCACACCGCCGUCAACCAUUGAUCACGAGGGUGGCAUGGAUCUGGACUAG